AUGACUGGGCAUCAGGUUCUGCUUCUAGUGAACUUCUGUCUUUAUGGGUUCCUUCUCCCAGAGGCUGCAAAAAUUCUGACUAUAUCUACAAUGGGUGGAAGCCAUUAUUUUAUGAUAGACUCCAUUUCACAAAUUUUUCAAGAUCAUGGUCACCAGGUAACAAGUCUUGUACCUAAAACUGCAUUUAUACAAGAAAAGGAAAAACCAUAUAGAGUUAUUUAUUGGUUCCCACCUAAAGAUCAACUAAGGAAGUUAGGAAAGCGUUUUGAACUCUACAUAACAGAAGCUUUCAAUGGCAGAGAAGAAUUCUACAGCUACGCAAAACUAUUUGAGCAGUAUGCGACUUUAUGCAGUGAGCUGUUAAGCAGAAGGGAUAUCAUGGACUCUUUAAUACAUGAGAACUUUGACUUACUGUUUUUGGAUUCAACAGAUCCUUGUGUUUUCCUCAUUGCGGAGAAACUAGGAAAACAGUUUGUGUCCUUCCUUCCCACACUAUUUAGCUUUAUGGACUUUGGGUUACCAAGCCCCUUGUCCUAUGUUCCAGUGUAUGGUUCCAGUCUAACUGACCAAAUGGACUUCUGGGGCCGAGUGAAAAACUUUCUGAUGUUCUUUGAUUUCUCCAGAAAGCAAAGGAAAAUAUUUUCGUAUUAUGAUGGCACUAUACAGAAACAUUUUGCAGAAGGCUCUCGGCCAGUGUUGUCUGACCUUCUACUGAAAGCAGAGCUGUGGUUUGUUAACUGUGACUUUGCCUUGGAUUUUGCUCGUCCCCUGUUUCCCAACACUGUCUAUGUGGGAGGCUUACUGGACAAACCUGUUCAGCCGAUACACCAAGAUUUGGAGAACUUCAUUGCCAAGUUUGGAGACUCUGGCUUUGUUCUUGUCUCUCAGGGAUCCAUACUAAGCUUCUAUCAGACCAAGAAAAGCAUCAAGGAGAUGAACAGUGCCUUUGCCCACCUCCCUCAAGGGGUGAUUUGGAAGUUCAAUGCUUCCUAUUGGCCCAAGGAUAUCAAAUUGGCUAAAAAUGUGAAAAUCAUGGACUGGCUUCCACAGAAUGACCUCCUAGCCCACCCAAGCAUUCGUCUGUUCAUUACCCAUGGAGGAAUCCGCAGUGUAACAGAAGCCAUCCAACAUGGGGUUCCCAUUGUUGGGAUUCCAAUCAACUUAGAUCAGCCUUACAACAUGGUCCGAGUAGAGGCAAGAAAGUUUGGAAUUUCCAUCCAGCCUGAGGAUGUCAAGGAGGAGACACUGGUCCUGAAGAUCAAACAAGUCAUGGAAGACAAGAGGUACAAGUCUGCAGCAAUGGCUGCCAGAGUAAUCAGACAUACCCACCCUGUUCCCCCAGCCCAGAGGCUUGUGGGCUGGAUUGACCACAUCCUGGAGACAGGGGGUGCAGCACACCUCAAGCCCUAUGCUUUCCAGCAGUCAUGGCACGAGCAGUAUCUGCUAGAUGUCAUCCUGUUCCUGGUAGCAUUCACUCUGGGCAUCUUAUGGCUUUGUGCAAAGGUUCUUGGUGCUGUGAUCAGGUAUCUGAGUAAAGCCAAGAAGAUGAAGAAGACAUGA